AUGUCCCUCCCAAAUACCUACCAAGCUGCAUCUUUCGAUGAGAGUGGCUCAAAGCUAGCCCUCAAAGAAGUCGAACUUCAACAACCUCGCCCAGGCUUCAUCUUGGUUAGAGUCCUUGCAUGCGGCGUCUGCCACUCUGAUUCGUGGAUGCAACAAGGUCGCUUUGGAGAUUUAUUUCCUCGUGUACCGGGCCAUGAAGCUGUUGGUGAUGUUGUUGCUGUUGGUGAUGGAGUAGAAAACUUCAGGGUUGGCGAGCGUGUUGGUGGUGCCUGGCAUGGCGGCCACGAUGGAACAUGCCGCUCUUGUCAAUCGGGACUGUUUCAACUGUGCAACAAUGGUGUGAUCAACGGCGUGACCACGGAUGGUGGCUACGCUGAAUACGUCUUGCUCCAUGCUGAAGCAGCCGUUCGAAUCCCUUCCGACGCAGACCCAGCUGAAGUCGCCCCUCUUCUCUGCGCCGGAGUCACCGUCUUCAACGCCAUCCGUAGCAUUGGCGUCCUCCAAGGUGGUCUUGUUGCCGUCCAAGGCCUGGGAGGACUAGGUCACCUGGCGCUUCAGUAUGCUUCCAAGAUGGGAUAUACAGUUGUUGCCAUGAGCGCCGGGAGCGAGAAGAAGGACUUUGCGAUGGAGUUGGGUGCUCAUCAUUACAUCGACUCCAGUAAAGAUGAUCCAUGCGAGGCGUUGCAGAAGCUUGGAGGCGCUAACAUGAUCUUGUCAACGGCGCCGAAUGCAGAGGCAGUCAGUCCUCUCACAGCAGGUCUUGCGGCUCUGGGUAAGCUGGUCGUUCUCUCACCUCUUGGACCGGUUGAAUUCAAUACUGUUCACAUGAUCAUGAAGGGCCUCAGCGUCCAUGGAUGGAACACGGGACAUCAGCAAGAUUCGGAGGAUGCUAUCACGUUUGCGCAUACGCAUGGUAUCAAGUGUAUCAUUGAGAAGUUUGACUUUACGACUCAGCACCGAGAGGCUUUUGAGAAGAUGGAGAGUGGGAAGGUCCGCUUCAGGUCUGUUAUGACUAUGUAG